AUGAAGAGAGGUUAGUAAUAAAGUUUGAACAAAUCGCAGAACAAUAUCUAACUGAAUAAUUCAAAUAAUGAUUAAUUGUAGGAGAACUUAGAAAGAUUGAGUAAUUUGAUGAUAAAGUAACCGUCUCAAACUAAAAUAGUACAUGUAUAAAUGCAUAGCUACUUGAGAUCACCUUCUGCUCAUCUUUCUAUGCAAGCUAGAGAGAGUCCUGCUUAAAAACUUAAAUCAAUAGGUUAAAUAGAUUUUGAAAAGAGUAAUGAUAGGAUUGUAUUGUAGUAUAAAGAAAAUUUGAGAAAAUCUUUACUAAAUGUUACAAAUCAUUAUUUAGAAAAUUCAAAUUUUAAUUAAAGCCAAAAACCAAGGAAUUAUAAUGGUUGGAUAGGAUUAAGUGUGAUUGAAAAGAAGAAAAUCUUUAUGGAAGAAAAAGAGAAAAAGCUGAAAAGAUUGAAAGAAUAGAAAGAUGAAAAUGAAAUCAGUUAAUGCACUUUUCGCCUGCCAUUUUUAAUUAAAUCAGAAUAGAGAGAAAAAAUACAUGUUAAGUGA